UAUUAUUUUGAUUUUCUUAACUUUUUUUAGACAUUAAAUAUCAAUCUUCGCUAAAAAAAAAAAUAAUAAUUUAACGUCAGUAAUUAUUGAGUGCUUUGGCUCAUUAAAAUGGUCGAUAAUGAUUUUUUAAAUGUAGUGAAGUUGUAAAGAAGAACCGAAAUAAUCGAGUCAAUGAUUAUUUAAAAUGUUGGAUACAUCAGCUGCAGUGACAUUUUUAAUAGUUCUUGCCGUGGCGGCAAUUUUUUUAAAUUCUCUAUGUAUAUACAUUAUCAGAGCAACAAAAAGUUUAAAAAACAGACCGUCUAGUAUGCUUAUUCUUAACUUGUUAAUGAUACAUUUAUUUCAAGGUUUGGUCGUGUUACCACUUUAUGCUGCAAAAAAAUUCACCAUUAAAAGUAUAUUUUGGGCUCGAUUUGUCAAUAACUCAUUUAGAGUUACAUAUAUGAUUACGUUUUAUGGAACUGUUCUUGGAGUAUUUUGUAUUAGCAUAGAUCGCUUUUUAGCGACAUAUUGGCUUAAUUUGUAUAAACCUCGAGUUACUGUAAAACGUGUGUGUAUUGGCUUGUUUUUGUUGUGGGCUUAUAUUUUUGCUCUCUGUAUGAUUCCCUUUGUUCCUGCAACUCAACUAAAUCAAACUAAAUCAAAUAAAACAUUUAUAACAAUGUAUUUUUACAAACAGCAGGAAGAGUGGGUUCUAUUUAUGCUGCUUUUUAACACGGCUUUGCCCUAUUGUUUAGUUGUUAUAAUGUAUACAUAUAUUAUUUACAGACUUCGAGUUUUGAGCGAUAACCAUACUAAGUCUGGUGGUAAAAUUCUUCAACAGAAUGGUACACUUAAAAUGCGUGACAAAGACUUAAAGCGUUAUAGACAAGUUGCAUAUUUAACUGUAGUGUUGACUGUUUCUUAUGGCGUUUUUUGGACACCGUCUUUUAUAUAUUACCCUCUAUUAAGUUUUUGUAAAUCUUGUUUUCCUAAAAAAUUUGGAGGUUCAAAUCUUGAGGAACAUUUAGGUUUCAUUACAAAGUACUUAGCCUUCUUUGAUGCCGUGGCUGCCCCUUUGAUCUACUGUUUUUAUCACGCAGACUUUCGCAGAGGUCUAAUGAAAAUUAAAAGAUCACUUUUGCACACCCUUCAUCCGCACCCUUCGGAAAUUCCACUUACGACUCUAAAUGAGGACUCUUCAACACCAGAAAAAAUGUAUCACACUUAACAUUUGAAAAAAAGUAAUAAAAGUUUUUAAAAAUUGAUAAUUUAAAGUUUUAAA